CAUGCAGGUACGAUCCCCUCAUUAAUCAACUUGUUAAAAAGCAAUGACAUUGUGCUGGAGUGCAUCACUGUGGGGGUGCUGAGUAACAUCUCCAUCAAUAACCCGAUUGCUAGAGCUUUGGUAGAAGCAGGGGGCAUUCCCGUAUUAAUUAAGCUGUUGGAUACUGAUGAGCCUGAACUGCUGUCUCGUUGUGCUGUCCUUUUAUAUGAUAUUGCCCAGCUGGAUGAUAAUCAGGUCAUCGUUGCUGAACAGGGUGCAAUUCCUGCACUUGUUAACCUGUUACAGUAUGAUUUAGAAGAUCUACUAGUAAAUGUAAUAAAUUGCAUCCGAGUAUUGUGCCUUAACAACAACGAGAACCAACUGAGAGUGAAAGAAACCAAUGGCAUUGAACUACUUGUCAAUUUCUUAAAUUCAGAUUCAGAUGUGCUACUGGCAGUGGCUUCAGCAGCAAUUGCAGAACUUGCCCGUGGGAAUUUUAAGAUGCAAAAUGCCAUUGCUGAGACGAAUGUCAUUGGUCCUCUAGUUGAGUUGCUCAGAGGAAGAAAAAUCAGUGUCCAAGUGAAAGGAGCAAUGGCAAUUGAGGCACUCUGUGAAAAGAACAGUUACAUCCAGAUGAGAUUUCUAGCCAAGUCUGUGACAAGAUUCCUUUUAAAGCUCCUGAAGGCUUUUCACCUGAGAGUUAAAGAACAAGGUGCAGCAACGCUCUGGGCACUAGCAGGACAAACCUUGAAGCAGCAAAAAUUCAUGGCAGAACAAAUUGGAUACAACCUUAUUAUAGAUAUGCUUUUGUCCCCAUCUGAUAGAAUGCAGUGUGUUGGAGGUGAAGCCGUGAUCGCUCUUAGCAAGGACAGCGAGCUUCACCAGAAUCAAAUAUGUGAAGGAAAUGGAAUUGCACCUUUGGUCCGGUUGUUAAGGAGUGGAAGGAUAGCAGAGGGCACACUGCUUAGUAUCAUCAAAGCCUUGGGGACCAUAUGUGUUGGUGAAGCCAAUAUAAGCAACCCAAUCAGUCAAGAGAAUGUUGUGGAUGAAGGGGCCUUGCCGAUACUGGUUCAUUUACUUAAAACUCAUCAUUCUCUUCAGAUAAAGGUGGGUUAUAAGAGUUAGCU